AGAAAGCGAUAGCGGAUGUGCCGCAGGCAGCACCACAACACCUGCGCUCGAGAAGCAGCGGGGUGCGGGAGUUAUCUUGCCGACAGGACGCGCCGACUGGGCGAGCGCGCAAUGGCCAUCUAGAGCUUCCGGAUACCGCCGACCAAGGAUGAACCUGCCGGCCUAAAAAGGACACCUGAAAGGCGACCUGCGGAAUGGCGAAAGUUAACUUAAAGGAGCUACCCAUGAAGGGACACUACUUCUUCUACUACUCGGCCUUAUCCGGCUUCUUACCAUUCAUCGGAGUGCUGCUCAAGGAUCGCGGCGUGUCGCCUGCCGAGGUGGGUCUGGUCUACACCGUGGCACCCUUCUUUUCGGCCGCGUCCAAGCCUAUCUUCGGGGCCCUCGUGGACCGCUCCAGGAAGAUAAAAGCGGUCCUCCUCGCCUUUCUUAUCUGCAUCACGGCUUCCUUCGCCGUCGUAAACUUUCUACCGCCCGUCCCAGGAGACCGGGAUUCGGAAAGCUACCUUUAUCGCAAUCAUAGUUCUAUUGAUUGGGGUUUAGAGAAAGUGACGAACAAUGCCUACAUCAUUCCAGUGUCAAGCUCGAAUUUAAGUUAUACCACCGGACAGACCCUCACGUGCAAUGUGUCUUGUCUCUGCGUUACGGACGAUGCGCAGGACCCGUGCUUCCGAAAGGCGGCAAGCUUCUUGUCGGAUCUCAAAAGUGCGAACGUUACUCUUGAACUACCGGUUUCAAUAAACGCGUCCACGUGCACUGCACAGUGUUCGGUAGACGACACGGUGAGCACGUUCGGGUCAGCCAUCAAAUCGUUCAUCUUCUGGCUCUACUUCAUCUUCGUGACUGUCAACUACGCCGCCAUCGGAUGCGCCAACUCCCUCACUGAUGCAGCCUGUUUCGAACUGCUGGUGAGCGAAGGCGAAGACUCGAAGGACCGCUUCGGUCGCCAGAGGUUGUGGGGAACGGUGGGCUGGGGAAUAUUCACCGCUGCCAGCGGCUACCUCAUCGACUUCUGCAACGAAGGCGGGAAGACGGACCCCGUGGACUACUCCGCCGGUCUGUACGUUUGUGCGGCGCUCAUGGUAGCAGACGUCGCCUGCGUGUACGCGUGCGACGUAAAGAAGCAUCAGAGUUCCACAGCCAUCGCGAAGGACGUGUCCAAACUCGUGCUUCGCGAUGGCCGCGUGGCGGUACUCUUGCUGGACGCGACCAUGGGCGGCGUGCUCGUGGGCAUCGUGUGGCAGUACCACUUCUGGUACCUGGAGCAGCUGGGGGCUUCGUCGGGACUCAUGGGCGCCUCUGUGGCGGUGCGAAGCUUCGGCGAGCUGCCGGUCUUCUUCUACGCGGGUUGGCUCAUCGCCCGGACCGGGCACGUGUUCGUGCUUCGGGCGGCCCUGCUGGCCAUGGCCGCCACCUUCGGACUGUACUCGGUUAUCGUGGACCCGUGGGUGACGCUCGGCGUCGAGGUGCUCCUGGGUCUGGCACUGGGGGCCUUCUUUUCGGCGCUGCCUUCCUACGCCGAGAAGAUAGCGCCUCCGGGAACGGAAGCAACGACGAUGGGUCUCGUGACCGGGUUCUUCGAAGGAUUCGGAACGGCCCUCGGAGGCAUGAUAGGAGGAGCGGGAUUCCAGUGGUUCGGCGCCCGAAGAACCUUCCAGGUGGUGGCCGCCUCGGGCCUGGCCUGGUGUCUGCUCGCCUACCUGCUGGACGCCCUCCUACGGCUCGCCGCCAUUCCCCGACGAGGGACUCGAGCUGCUCGAGCGUGGGCUGCGGCGUCCAGCGACGCGGGCGAGAAGACGAGCUACUCGUACUCCUCCGUGAGGGCCAGCGAGCUGGCCUCCUGUCCUUCCUGAAGUGCCCUACUCUUAUCUCUUAUCUCUCUUGACACUCCCCUAUCCUUCCAACUGGCCGGUGCUACAGCGGCCCAGAGUGGACCCAGGAAGGACCUUCAUGAUACUAUGCGCCGGGAAACUGAGGAAGAGAUGGAGUCGAAAGCGGGCAGGGACCUCAGAACUUCUGAUUCGAAUGAUCAGUGGUAGACCGAGCUAGUCGUUUUUGUCUCCACUGCACUCGUAGAACGCGCUCGAAUGCAGGAGCCGGACGCCUGCGUUCCGCACGUGUUCGACGAGUGCAGUGGACUGGAGACAAAGGGUGCCCACCAGGGGUUUCCCCAGGAAUUGAAGUAAGGGGGGUGUCUAAAUUUUUAUUGGGGUGGGGAAGGGGGCAUUGAGAAUAAAGGAGCCGUUGGGAAUUUAGAAAAACAAGGGGAGUCUACACCCCCCUAGGCGUAGGAUUUUGCGGGGCAUCGGGGCUCGCCCUGGUGUGAUCCAAGGGGGCGAGAGGGGGGUACCCCCCCCCCCCCCGGGCCUGGGCCAUGAUCCUUACCGAGACGCUGUUUAGGUGUUAUGUAACGAGCUUCUAUAGUAGUGGCAUGUAAACAAAAUAACGCCCACGUUGCCUUUAUUCACAAAAUACAUGGGAAAUGGAAUCCCAGCGUGCUUUCAUUAGCUUCAAUCUCCAGUUUUGGCGAAAAGGUAACGCGCAGCACCCCCCCUCCUUAGGAGGUGUGUAGAGAAAUCACUGGUCUCCACUGCACUUGUGGAACACGUUCGAAUGCGAAAGCCAAACGCUGGCGUUUCGGCUCCUCAAGUGUUCGAACGGCGCAGUAGACCCAAAGGCGGCUAGCUUUAGCUCUACCCAUUGAUCAUUCCAACCAGAGACCGACGUUCUGACGUACCGCGCGGGCUCCCGUCUUCUCCUUUCCCACUUCGGUCGUCGGGGCCGGGUUGUCGGCAGUCUGAUACUUUAGCCCCGUGUUCCAGGGGAUAAUAGGCAGCCCACGAAUGGUAAAAAAACAAAAAAAAAACAAAAAACAUGCUUUUUUCGUUGAAAGGGUUUAUGAAACGAUAUCUGGUUGAAAUGUUCACGACUUUGCAGAGGCGUACUGGUCCUAGUCUGGCCCAAGUAUACUCGCACAGACCGCCACUGAUUCAGAAGUUUCUUUGUCGCAGUGAAAUUUCGAGGAUAAAAGGAGACUUCCCUAGAAAAAAUAACUAAGGCAAGCAUUCUUUUUUUCUUUCAGUUAUUAACGUUACGGAGUGGUUCUAAGUAGUAUUUAGCGAAACUAGAAAACUUAAAACAGUCUGGUUGGAAAAAGGAUGUCAUAAAAGAAAUUUAUACCGAAAAAAGAGAAACCUUUGGAGCUAUCUUUACGGCGGGAAACGAACUUGUAGACGCCCGCGGGAGCCCGCGGAAAAGUAGCAACUUGCAGUCACGUGAC